CCGGCGUGGUUGGACGUAUGUUGAAUGCUGGUGCUUCAAGCUCGUACGAUCGGACAAUAUUGACGAUACUUUGAAUUAUUUAGUGAUUGCGUGGAUUUAAGUGUUGUUGAUGUGAUGAAAUGGAUUUUUUAUACUUGUGAAAUUCAGAUACUCAACAACACAUGCCGAGAAUAAACAACGUGCCUGCUCUCUACGAAACGUCUGCUCCAGACACAUAACUGACGUUCAAAAUGUAAAAAUACUAUGUGUUUUAAAUUAUAAAUGAAAAUGUCAAACUAUAAAAGACUAAGGGUUACUAGUAAAUGUUUUCAACCACUGUUCUUGCUAUUACGGACUUUGAGUGUGUGUGUAGUGUUAAGUAUAAAUGUGUGUGCGUUUAAUGAACAGAAGUUUGCUAUGGAGCCCCAAGAUCAGACAGCAGUAAUAGGUUCGAGAGUGACGCUGCCUUGUCGUGUGGAGAAUAAGGCAGGCCAACUGCAGUGGACGAAAGAUGACUUCGGGCUUGGUCUUCAUAGAGACCUCAGAGGCUACGACCGGUAUAGGAUGAUUGGGAGCGACGAAGAAGGGGAUUACUCUCUGGACAUCAUGGAUGUAGCGCUCGAAGACGACGCCAAGUACCAGUGCCAAGUCAGCUCAGGAAUGAGGGGUGAAUCUGCAAUUAGGUCGCGGUACGCCCGCCUAACAGUUCUCGUUCCACCCGAACCGCCCAAAAUACUGCAAGGCAAUUUCUACUCCACCACCGAGGACAGAAUGAUCAUAUUGGAGUGCGUCUCUAUCGGCGGGAAACCCCCAGCUGAGAUAACCUGGGUGGACAGUAACGCGGGUGUUCUCACACAGGGUGUCACCUACACAGUCGAGCCUUUGUCGGACGGACAGAGAUUUACGGCCAGAUCUGUAAUAAAGAUGACGCCUAAACAAGAGCACGACAACCAAACCUUCACUUGUCAAGCUCAAAAUACUGCGGACAGGGCGUAUAGAGCAGCAAGCAUCCUGAUUGAGGUGAAAUAUGCGCCGAAAGUGAAGAUUCGAUUUAAGUCUGGUAACAGAAGUAUACCAGAAGGAGCAGAUGCCGUUCUGAUUUGCACAGCGGACGCAAAUCCCAACAAUUUGACUAUCAGAUGGGUUUUAAGCGAAUCGAUCGUUGGGAAUAGUUCAGAAUUGGUCAUACACAAUUUAACAAGACAUCACAAUGGUGACACAGUGAAGUGUAUGGUGUUCAACGGAGUCGGCAGAAGUGAAGAGACUGAAACACUUCAAGUAACAUAUCCUCCAUCGUUCAGAAGCCGGCCAAAAGAUGUGGAAGCAGAGAUAGGAAAGCAAGUUACACUUAGCUGUGAUGUGGAUGGAUUUCCGAAACCAGAAAUUGUAUGGGAACAUUUGGAAGAAGAUACUAAUAUCCGCGUGGGAAAGACAGCAAAUUUGACGCUUACGACAGACACACACACAGCCGGGAGAUACUUGUGUAAAGCAACGGUAGAAGGCUUUCCGGAAAUACAGGCGGAAGCGUCCAUCUUCCUUAAAGGUCCACCAAAUAUCCUGUCUAACAAUACACAGUUUGGCUCGCAAGGUGAUACGGUGAACAUUGAAUGCGCGGCGUUUGCUGUGCCCAGCAUUGAUAAUAUUGUCUGGACCUUCGAAGGGAAAGAAAUAGAUGGUGUUCAUGAUCAGGACUACGCAUUUCAAGAGGACCUACAAAAUGGCGGAAUCGUAAACUCUACUUUGAUAAUUCGCGAGAGCCAAUCAAAACAUUUCGGCGUCUACAAAUGUAAUGUUUCCAAUGAAUUUGGGAGUGACGCCUUGGAGAUUACGCUCAGACAGAACAAAUCUUUCCCGCUUAUCAUGAUCCUCUUCGGAGUCACAUCUGGCACAAUAAUGGUAGCGGCCGUGAUAAUGCUGGUGAUACUGUGUCAAAGAAAACAACGCAAGAACAAGCAACAGGUCACAGAAAAACCGGACGUAACCGUAACGGCAGAGGAGCUAUUCAAGGAUGACAGGAACUCAAACAUAAGCGAUUUGAAACUUGAACUCAGGCAGGCUAAUGGGAGUUGUGAAAUUGAUUAUUCAAACACGGGAUCGGACAGCACUCUUUGUUCCAACGCUAAGCUCGGAAGUGGAAUACCGUUGGCGGGAACCGUUCCUCUUGCUAUCAACUCUAACACAUUCCCGUAUCGAUACAGUAACGACUAUAGCGAUCCAGCCUAUAAUGACUAUAAGGCAAAUGGAUACUCAACAUACGUACAUUACGGUCACGACUACACCCCAGGGUCCUUGAGAGUCCAAUCGCCGACGAUGACCAGUGAAAAGUUGACGCCAAAUAGAUCUAUAAACGGCAGUCUGCCAAGGAGCGUAGACACACCUUCCGUGUAUACUGGAUCCCAGAGCAAUUCAUUACAGCGAGGCAAACGACAGGACAGCAGCAACGGACUGAAUAAUUUAGGAGUUCCCAGCAGCGAAGUGAGCCGAGUACCCAACUGUGGUAUACUUCACGGCGUGGAUGUAAGAUAUGCCGCAACAUACGGAAACCCACACUUACGAAGCGGGCUGGGAUACAGCACCGUUAACACAGCCAAGCCUGCGUCCACACCAGCACCACCUCCAUACUCCUCUGUUAGGACCUCCGUUAUUAUACCUUCAGGAAGCUCGUCCCAUUCAAUAACCUCACCACCCAGCCUGGCUUCUCCACAGUGUGCGACGAGUCCCAUCACCAAUUCUACCAUAUCUACCGAUAGCACUCAGCCUAUGAUGGGUGCCGUCACAUCGCCUACGCCGCAGUCUCCGAGCGCACACUAUAUUUUAGCUCCGUCUGCGCGAGCCUUGGCUAAUACUACUGUGACUAAGAAAGGUAACAGUAUCCAGCAGCCACUAGCAACACACGUAUAAAAAUACAUUGAACUUUUAAAUUGAUAUUGCCAAGUGUUAUUGAAUCUUUUCGCUUUGAACAUAAAGUGCGUUUUGGUGUAUCUGUGAAUUUCCUCUAGCUCGGGGUGUUUGUUUGAAGUUUUAAUAGAUAAGAACUUUUAUACUAUGAAAUUAAUGUUUAUUUGAAGAUUGUUUUUAUACGUCUACUGUCGAUUUCAAUUUCUGUUUUCUUGUCGUAAUGCAAUUUAUCCAAACCAUUAAUGUUACGUGAAAUCAUAUUUUUAACCGACUACAAAAAAGGAGGAGGUUCUCAAUUCGUCGGUAUAUUCUUUUUUUUUGGUAGUUACUGAUAGUAUGUGACUUUAUUUAUAUAGUAAUAUAAAUGUAUUUAAAUGAUUCAAUUCACAGGACAGUAUUUUUAAAUUUUUACUUUAGUAUCAACCCGAAAAACACAUUAUUGACGCUGUAGUUUUAAUAUGGUGAAGUGUGUUAGAUGAAGAAUUCUCAAUAAAUUAGUUUUAAAAAAAUCUCAGGAAAUUGAAGUCGACUUUGAUUGUAUUCGUUAUACAAAAUAGAUGCGGCCUAUCGUACGCCUUUCUGGAAUCCAAUUAACAUAGACCUUAGAUAAAUUAUACGUCUAGAUAGAGUCUCUUGCUGUUAGACAACCGAUAAAAACAGGCCAGGAAUAUUAGUUUAGUGUACGUGAAAAGCUACGUCGUACACUCGCGAUUUGUAUGACACUUUGUGCGAGAUUGCGUUAAUUGCUCAAAACGGAGAUUAGUUCUAAACGCAAUUUCUUUCGACGUUUUCACAGCUGACAUAGUCUAUACGUGUAAAUCACCUAAGGUAUUAACGUCAUUUAGAUUUUACGUCAAUUUAACUGUCAAAUUUGUAAAUGCUAGUAUUAUUUGAACUUUUAAUGAAAUUUUAUGAAUUGUUGACUAUAGUUUCGUAAGGCUCUAAUUAUUGUUUAAAUUUAGUCAAUUCUAAUAUCGGAGACUGCUCUUACAAUAUAUCUUAAUGUAAUUAAUGUAAAUAUAACAUAUCUUCUUAAUAAAUUGAAUAGAAUAUAGUUAUAGAUAGAAGAAUAGUUUCAAAAACAUAAAGCUGUUGUUUCACUUUUGAACUAGUAUGUGUUUUUAGGCCUACGUUCAAAAUUAAUGGCUACAAUUAACAGAUAGUACUUACAUAAAAUAUUAGUCACCACUGCGCUCCAACUAGAUACCUAAGAACAAUUGCUUUUUUAUUACGGUAACUAUUAUAAGAUGCUUGCGUGCGCGGCAUCUUGACACACAAUGGCAUCUUUCAAAUUCUGUAACAUACAUAACAUAUUUUACAUUAAAAUUAACAAAAAUACAAAAUACUUCCCAAAGAUACGUGAUCCCGGUGUCUUUCUUAUGCAUGCGACCUGGCAUUUUAAUUUCAAUUAUUAGCAAAGUUUAACAGAACAUGUGGCACGUCAACGUCACACAUAGUUCGAGACUGGCUCGAGUACGACCACUUGGGCGUAGUAUUAGUUGCCGCACUUUGCGACUAAGCCUGCGGUAUCAAGUUGGAGGACAGCGGAGACCAAUCCUUAAUCUAAGGUAAAAAGUUUUAGUCAUACCUGUAGUUGUCAAUUCUUACCUGAGAAUGACAUCAUCUAAUUUUACUAACAUUCGUUUUAAUCCUUUAAAAAGUAUUUUUUUUAAAUGUGUAACACACAAGAAAACGUUCUUAAUAAUAAAAAGGAAUUCCCUUUCGAAUCUUAGCUUAAAUGUUUAUCUCAUUAUUAUUAUAUAAUACAUAUAUGUACUUCAACUGUGGUUAGUGUAAUUUGUUUGCAGCCAGCUUUUUCUUCUUCUUCCUUCUAUUAAAUACAAAUAGGUGAAUUGAGAGACUCUGACGCAGUAAUACCCAAUGUAGGGCCCACGACCCACGGAGGGGCAAUUAAAAAAUGGACUCGACACGAGUUUAGCCCUUUCGCUUAUGGUUAUUAAAAUGCAAUGCUAGAUAUCGGUGACAAAUUUAACAAAAAAAUGCAAAUUCCAAGUAUGCUACACUAUACUUAACUCAAAAAAAGCGCGUACACCUUCCUUAAAGGCCGGCAACGCUCUUGUGAUUCCUCUGGUGUUGCAAGAGCAUGUGGGCGGCGGUGAUCACUUAACAGCGGGUGACACGUACGCUCGUUUGUCCUCCUAUUCCAUAAAUAAAUAUAUAUAUACUUAACGUUGUAAACUUGGAUAUGAUCCUCACCAUCGGCAUGUGUGAUGUUCUUCUAAGGCAGUGUUUCCCAAGGGGGGCCCACGCCCCACAAGGGGGCAAUUUGAUAGAAAAGGGGGCAAUUUGAAAAUGGACUCGCCUUUGCUUUAACCCUUUCGCUUUAGGUUAUAUAAAUACAAUGCUAGAUCGAUAUCUAGAUAUCGAUAUCACCGAUGUGACAAAUUAACAAAAAAAGGCAAAUUCCAAGAAUGUCCAAGAUAUCAUUUAGUGCCAUUUCCAUCUUCAUAUUUAGCUGAAUGUGGUGCUGUAAAUGAUUUACUGAUUAAAAGAAAUCGGCUUGAUAUAAGACAUACGGGAGACUUCAGAUUAAUUCUAAGCAAUUUGGAACCUAAUAUUAAAUCUUUGUGCAGCAAGCAUCAAGCGAAAGGAUCGCACUAAAUGAAUGGAGAAAAAUCAAUAUUAAAAUUAUUAUGAAUUUCAAAUUUUACAUACGAGGUUUUGAUAACAAUGUUAUAGUGAUUUCUUCUUACAAUUUAUCAUUUAUAUUUCUUAGGGGAAAAAAAACAAUUUUUAAAGUUUUCAAAUUAUCUCUUUGGGAGCAUUAAAAUUUUAGAAAUGUUAAGGGAUAUGGCCUUAAAAAGGUUGGGAAGAACUGCUAUAACGUGUUCAUUAAUUCAUCUGUCUAUUGAAGUUUAUAAGUAGACAUACUUAGACAUGGACAGCGGAGUCUAUAUUAUAUAGGGCUUCCGUUACCGUAAAAUUACGUUACGAGAACCUAAAAUCAUAUCGCACAAUAUACAUAUCAAUGCAAUUAAAGCAAUAAGUAAUUAAUUAUCUUCAUUAAAAACACUCACAAAACAUAUUUGUCGUAUCAAUAUUUUACAUAGAAAACUUGUUAAGUUUUUAAAGUGGUAACCAUCACUUCUGGUAUUAAUCCACAAAUAGAGUUUGAAAACUAAAUUUUAUGAGCUAACCGUUAGCUCAGUUGGAAGAGCACUCGCACGGAACGCGAGUUGUCGUGGGAUCGAAUUCCGCAUCGUUUUCAAAUUUUAUUUGUGUUUUACAUAGUUAAUAAUAAUAAAUAAUAAAUUAAUUUCGUUUAUUUCAAAGAUUACAUAUACAUUUUUUAGUGGUUGAGACUUCCCAGUAAGUUGUCUUAGGACACUUUUAUUGGGAAUAUCUCGCAUAAUAGUUUGAUCCUGCUGUAUGGAUCUUUAAGAAAAAUUUGAAAAUCUACAACAAAAACAAAAUUUUAUUGACGUGUUCCAUUAUAAUCAUACGUGUUAUAUUAUAUUAAAAGCCUUUAAAUCACAUUUUAAAAAUAUACCACAUUUACAGCGUCAUUGGUAUGUAGGGUUAUUUCUAGGUGUAAUAAAUAAUGUUGUCAUUCAAAUAAGUUAUGUUUUAGUAUUAACAGCUCCGUUUAUCACAUAUUCUUAUAAUUUUUUUAUUAAAAAAAAAAUUACUAUCUACAAGCGUCAAUGGCUGUGCGUCUUUAACUGCAUCUAUAUCGCACAAUUGUUCAAAGAGUUUUUUUUUUAUUCACAAUAAAAAUGUAUUAACAGAGAAAAUACAUAUAAAAUCACCGACAAGAGACCAUGUAAGGUGUAACCGUGGGGACGAGAUCGCUCUUAAUUACGUACAUGGUUAUAUUGAUUUCUUAUAGUAAUUAUAUUAACAUGCCUAAUAAUACACAUAACUACAUUAAAAAAAUUGUUUCAUAUAUACUUUGCCUUUUCCGGUUUUUUCUCAAUACUUCCUAGGCAGACAAACCAUUUAGUCUGGCUAGAUAUCUUGUAAGCUAUUUGCCAAAUUUCUGGGUUUCACUAUCACACCAUAUUCUAGCAUGAUUACUAUCUGCUAUGCAUAGCAAAAAAUUGUAGUUUUUUCGUUCUUCCCGAGGUGGCAAAGAUUCAUCCUUACCAACCACCCUUUUUUCACUUUAAAAAAAAACAGUUUUAGUUUAGAAUUCUUGCAUCAAAACAUUAGUUUAACUACUAGUACUAGUACAGAUAGUAAAAAAAUCAGUUUCGAAAUUUGAAAGAAACGUCUUAAAUACUUACUUCUCACAUUCAGAAUCGCUUAAAACAGUUUUGGCUAUCUCCUUCUUUAAUUUUAAGCAAUUUUAUCUUUAAAAUACGCCCGCUGAGUUUCUUCUCAGGUCUGACGCACAUUAUUCGAAUGUGAUGUAAAUUUUAACUUGCAAAAGAAUCAUAAUUUUAAAUUAUAUUCGAAUCAAUCUCUAUCAGCUAAAAUUCCGACAAUAGUCUGGUAGUCUCUGGUGUUUCUGUGGCAGUGAUUGAUGGCUUGUACCACCUGCUUAGCAUUUCUCCUUGAUGCUUCCCCAUCCCUUAAAAAUAUCUCAUUUAUUAAAUCCAUUGAGUGUUCAAUUCGGCAGAGAUUACGUACUGGUUCAACCAGCAAGGUAUUUAUACCUUUUUUACGUCUUUAUAACGUUAUUAUAUUUAUUCUACAGCUACAAGCAAUGUUUUUUUUUAUUCGUUACACAAUAUAAUACACAUUAAGGUUCAAUUUAACGGACUUCAAUUUAACCUAUAUCAAUCUCUUAGGGUGGGUCGUACCAACAAACUUCUAUAACAAAAGGUUAGCGUGCAAUCCUCGCCGGUUAUAGCUAUUGUUAAUGUAAAAUAGCUAAAUAGUGACCUGUCAGAAAUUUCAAAUAUUCGAAGGCGGUGCAACACAUCCCGCAGUCUAUGUUAAGGUCAGCGGUAUUGUUAACGUAAAAUUUGACUUAAACCUUAACUAUAGAGUCACGUGGGGUAACUGUGUGCAGCGGCUAAGUGUACGCAACCCCUUUGUUUAUGAAUCGAGAGGGGGAAGUUAGUGAAAUCUCUACAGAUUUGCCUACGCAAAUUAAAGGUUUAUUAUAUAUAUAUAUAUAUAUAUAUACUGUUAUAUAAGGUUUAUAAUUAUAUCUCUUUUAGAGAUAUAAUUUAGAUAUAAAUUCUAUGGAUUUUGUUCAAUUAAAAAGUCAGAAAGGAUAUGGCGUAUUUAUAAUAAAAUCUUUAUAAAUGCGGUACUUAGUGUACAUUAUCUAACAGCA